AUGUCAUUUGGUAAGAAAGCUGCUGAAAGAUUAGCCAACAAAAUCAUCUUAAUCACCGGUGCAUCAUCCGGGAUUGGUGAAGCAACCGCUCGAGAAUUCGCUGAAGCUUCCAAUGGUAAAAUCAAAUUAAUCUUAACUGCCAGAAGAUUCGAUAGAUUGACUAGUUUAAGUGAAUCUUUAAUCAAACAAUAUCCUGAUAUAAAAAUCCAUUCUGCUAAAUUAGAUGUCACCGUCAAAGAAUCUAUCAAACCUUUCCUUUCUAGUUUACCUCAUGAAUUCGCUGAUAUUGAUGUUUUAAUCAAUAAUGCUGGGAAAGCAUUAGGUAAAGCCAAUGUAGGAUCUAUUGAAGAUGAAGAUAUCGAUGGAAUGUUUCAAACUAAUGUACUUGGUUUGAUUCAUAUUACUCAAGCUGUUUUACCAAUUUUUAAAGCUAAGGAUUCAGGUGAUAUUGUUAAUAUUGGUUCUAUCGCUGGUAGAGAUCCUUAUCCUGGUGGUGCUAUUUAUUGUGCUACUAAAUCAGCUGUUAAAUUCUUUAGUCAUUCAUUAAGAAAAGAAUUAAUUAAUACCAAGAUUAGAGUUUUGGAAGUUGAUCCUGGUGCUGUUUUAACUGAAUUUUCAUUAGUUAGAUUCAAAGGUGAUUCUGAUGCUGCUGAUGCCGUUUAUAAAGGUACUCAACCUUUAGGUCCUGAAGAUAUUGCGGAAUCGAUUGUAUUUGGAGUUUCAAGAAGACAAAAUACCGUCAUUGCUGAAACUUUGGUCUUCCCUCAACAUCAAGCUUCUGCUAGUCAUGUUUAUAAAUCAUCUUAA